AUGACUCACGAGUGUAAAUGUGGCCACUUACUUCAGAACUACGAGUGGGCGAUAGGCACAGCGCCAGGGGGAGAGGAGUUGCAGACAUUUGUAUCAACUAGGGAGUAUCCUGGAUCUGUGAACUCCGGACUUGGAGGCCUUCUGGAACACAACAAGACGUACUACGUGACCGUCAGAUGUACCAACGGGGGUGGGCUGGUCACAACAUACGCUGACCCCAGAGGUGUGACCGUUCUUCUCGAGCCUCCCAUUGUCGAUGACGUCAAAACGACCAUAGUGGGUGCUGAAUCUCUUGGAGAUACAGUGGUGCCGCCAAACUCCAUGAAAACCACAGACAAAAACACCGUGGGCGCUACGUGGACAGUCUCUGAAGAUGAAAGUAUCAGGCGAUAUGAUUUCUGUGUGGGGAGCUCCGAGACCAGCAUCAGGGACAUCUUCCCCUGCACCUGGGUCGGCUACAACACGUCGGGGACGGUUACAAUAGAAGAUGGAUACCUCAAACUAAACGGCCACAACAUCUACAUGCUGAGUCAGUACAAGUCAGACUACAACGCCUCCGUCCACGGUACCACAGACAAGUCAGCCUUCACCAUGGCUCCAGGCACAGAGAUGUUCAUCUUCAUGAAGAUGUGUAAUGAGGCUCAACUGUGUACCACCAAGUUGCUGGGCUCUACCAUAGUGGAGACAGACAAGUCCACGAUGGCGACGUCGUCAAAUGGUUCUGCCUUUACUGUAGGUGUUGGUGGUGGUGCCAGAAGAAAAAGGGAUCUUUCAGGAGUAACUGUAUCAACACCAGGUGGACUACAGGCCGGCCAGAGCAUCGUGGUCACUGAGCUCACAAAGCUUGAUCUAGAGACGGAAUACAAGUCUGACGCCUCGGUGGAGUUCGUCCCAUACAUCACUGACCCCUUUACGUCAACCACAGAAGAUGCCUUCACGGACAGAAUCCUCAGAAAGAGGCUCAACUACCAGGAAACCGACCUCUCGUUCUCUCUGACCAGCAUUGGUAAUCUUCCCAUGCCAGGACCGGUGAAAGUGACCUUCACCUAUGAUCCCACGGUGACCAAUACAACGUUGAUGCUGCUUCACUGGAACACUGAUGCCAGACAGUGGCAACAGAGCAACAAGACCUGUCAACAUGAAACAGACACGGAGGUCAGAGACCCGGCCACCUCUCAGGUCACGGUCAAGGUGUGUAACACAAGGUCAACACGAGGCAGCAGUUCCAGACGUCGGCGUUCUGUGUCAGACACGUACUUCAGACACCAGACCCAGUUCCUGCUGACUUCAGCUCUGACACAGAUACCUAACUCACCCCCUCAGCUCACCAGCACUACGUCUCUUGUCAUGCAGGAAGACCAGGGUACCAUGAUAUACCAGAUGACAACCACAGACGCUAAUGGAGACGUGGUCAAGUACAAGAUGCGUGACGACUUCGUUGUGGGUGAUCUGGAACUGACUCUAUCCGAGGCUGGAUUAAUGACUUACACUCCAGCUUCCAACUACCAUGGAACAAUUGAUGUUCCCGUAAUUCUGUAUGAGGUGCCCCAAGCUGAGAUACCACCGGCCGAAACGGCAGUAAACAUCAGUAUCAUCGUCACCCCCGUCAACGACGCCCCCAGCGCCUUCGUCUUCAGUGAUGGCGUCAGCUUCCUCCAUGCAGAUCCAGCACAUCCGGUUCAGAUUCUGUUGGAGCAGGCACGCGUCAAUGACAGCAACCCCACCACGUACAUAUGGGAGUUUGGGGCGUACGACGUUGACGUUGACGACAACAUGACCAUCUAUUACACACUGUCGACUAGCGGGAAUCUCACUGUCAGUGACGUGAAGACCAAGGAUCCCUGUUCAUACAACACGAGCGGCAUCCCCUGUGAGAAGCUCAACCUCCCCCACCGUUCCGACUCCCUCAACUGGGUCUACAGAACCUUUCAGUACCAACCUGACCCUGGUUACUAUGGUUACGAUGAGGUUCGGGUUUACGCCCAGGACCAGGCAGGGGCAUACUCUGACGUCAUCACGAUCAAACCAACUGUGAUGGAGAGGCCAUGCAAGAAUGGAGGAACAUGCAGAAGCAAAGAUGAAAGCCUGUACAACUGCACCAACUACCGCCGCGCUGAAGGUUUUGACCUUUACUACGAGUGUGCGUGCGCACCUGGCUGGACCGGCAUGCACUGCGAGGAUGACGUCAACGAGUGUGGCAGUUCCCCAUGUUCCUGGCCGUACGUCUGCUACAACGAUGUCAACAGAUACUACUGCGCAUGUGCAAAAGAAAAUCCGAACUGUGAUGGGUGGCAGGCAUGGAUGGUCCCGCUGGUGGUGUUGGCAGUGAUAUUGUUAAGCAUCUUAUCCGAGCUGGCUUGGUAUCUGUGCAUGCUCAAACGAAGACGAUUUCACCGGUCCUGGACAUUAUGUAAGACGGAAGGAUCCAGAACAACUUUUGUCAAUGCAGGCUUCAGGGAUGACUUUAGUGAAGGUGGGAAAAGCCAAAAGUCCCGUGAGCAGUCUGGAGCGUCCUGCGUGCUCAUUUCCAGUCGCCGACAAGAUGAUCCAACAACCCCGAUGAGGUCUGACCGAUCGCCCCGAUCUGUGCCCGAUCUUCACGAACAUCAAGCCGCGAAAAACCUGAACGGUGGUCCACGUCUCGGGGAGGCAAACGUCCGCUUUGCCCACUUUCGACAUCAGUCGACUCGUCCAGGCUUCACCACGGACCGGCCACUUACACCGGUGGAAGAUUACGAAGAAAGACCAGGCAGUUCAUCUUCGCUUAUCAGGGGCAAAUCACCGGUCAGAAGAAAGUCACGUCGAAUCGCCCCUGGGCCCGAUCGAGAACCAGAGCCAGACUGUGAUCAAUGAAGAACUCUAUAAUUCUUUACUCUGUAGAUACUGUCUCCCUGAACAUGCUACAAUGAAUUUUUUAACGUACUUCCUUUGUCUAUCAUAAGUGUCGUGCAAAUGGUUGAUUAAAAAUAGAGGUUAAUUAACAAAAUGUUGAUAAAAUCGGUAAAAUUAAAAUUAUAUGAGAUCAAAUAUUCUGAUUAGAGGGCUUUAAUUGAUAGAAACUGCCGAUAGGAUGUCAUCUAUAAAUGAUAUAUGAAUGUUGGCCGUGUGUUUCCAUUGAUUAAAUCUCACAUAUUAAUCUGCUUUUGCAACAAUGUUCAAAUUAGCGUCAAAAUACAAGCACGUGUGGAGCGGAGAAUGGGAACUUGAACAUGGAUUAGUUAAUGUUUAACAUGUUAAAAAUUAUACGCACAACUGUACGUUUUGUAAACCUGCUAACACUGUUUCUCAAAAAUAAACAUUCUUCGGCAA